AUGCGCAAGGAGCUCUCCGUGGCCGCCUCCAUCGACGUCUCGGGCCCAUCGGAGUCACACGGGCAGCUGCCGUGCGCCAUCUGCCAGCAGGCCAUUGGGGUGGACGCGGAAGGGCGCGAGUUCGUGCCGUGCGAGUGUGCCUACCGCAUCUGCCGCCCCUGCUACGAGUACAUCCGCGCCCACGAGGGCAACCGCUGCCCGCAGUGCCUCUCCAAGUACCGCCGCCUCGCGGGCAGUCCCCCAGUGGACGACGAUCCACCAGAGGAGGUCAUUCGCCAUCUCGAGGAGUCCAUUCCCGACGCCCCUGCGCCUGCCCCCCCCGCCAUUGCCGCCCCUGCUCCCCCUCUCCCCAGUCCCUCUGCCCUCCCCGCACCCCACGCCCUCCCCUCGCCCACUCUCCCACCGUCGUCCGUGCCUCUCGCCUCGCUGCUCUCUUCCUCGGCGCCUCACCUGGCACUGGAAGCCUUGUCGUCCUCCCCGUCAUCUGCAUCCCACGCGUCUGCAUCACCACCGGCACCAGGGCCGGUUGUUGCGGGUAGCAGCAGCGGGGCUGGCAGUGCAGUGAGCGCCGGUGGUGGUGGGGUUGGCUUGGGGGUUGGUGUUGUUGGCGGUGGUGGUGGGGGCGUUGGUGGCGCUGGUGCUGGCAUUGGUGGUGGUGGGGGCAGUCCGGGUGGUGGUGGGGGGGAUGAGAGUCCCUCAUCCGGCAGUGCGGGCGGCCCCUCCAGCUACGGCUAUGGCAGCAUCGUCUGGUUCACCCCCCGCCGCCAGUGGUCUGCCUUGGCAUCUAGUGGGGACGGCGCUGCUGCUGCAGGUGUUUCUGGCGCAGGUGUUGCUGGUGCUGCUGCUGCUGGUGCUGGUGCUGCUGGUGCUGCUGCUGGUGUUGCUGGUAAUGCAUCUGGUGGUGUGCCUGAGACUGGCCCCUCCACGGCCAUUAUCCCGGUGCAUGAUGCUGCCGCCUCUGCAGGCGGGGUGGGGGGUGGCGAUGGGGGUCUGGGUGUGAUCCCCAGUGAUGGUACUUCUGCUGACGGCUCGCCAUUCAUGUGCACACACUACCCUUCCCCACCCCCGUGCUACGCUCUUGUCCCUCCCUCUCCCUCCUUUCUUCUUCCAAACCCUCCAUUUAUUUCCGCUCGCACUGCUCCCCCUUAUCGUUUGAUGAUAUUUCCACAUGAUAUUGCCCAGUUCUACCCCUUCUGCUGCUCUGCGCCACUCCAUCUGUUCGCAGUGGUGGUGCGCUUUGUGGUGAUGAUUCUCUUCUUCAAGUUCCGUGUCACCAACCCCAACAACUCCGCCUUCCUGCUCUGGCUCGCCUCUGUUGUCUGCGAAAUCUGGUUUGGAAUCUCCUGGAUAUUCGAUCAGCUGCCCAAGUGGUCGCCCAUCACUCGAGAGACCUUUCUCAACCGCCUCUCCCUCAGGUACGAGCAGGAGGGGCGGCCGUGUGAGCUGCCUCAAGUGGACGUGUUUGUGUCGACGGCAGACCCCUUCAAGGAGCCGCCGCUUGUGACGGCCAAUGUCAUUCUCUCCGUACUCGCUGCUGACUACCCCGUUGACAAGGUUGCAUGCUAUCUAUCAGACGACGGGGCCUCCAUGCUCACAUUCGAGGCGCUCAUGGAGACGGCCAACUUCAGCCGCCUGUGGGUGCCGUUCUGCCGCAAGCACGCCAUUGAGCCGCGCGCCCCCGAGAUGUACUUUGCUGGAGGGGUGGACUACCUGCUGGGGAAGGUCAACGCUGACUUUGUCAAGGAGAGGCGGCGGAUGAAGCGUGAGUACGACGAGUUCAAGGUGCGCAUGAACGCGCUGGUGGUGAAGGCACAGGACAGCCCUCGCGACGGGUGGACCAUGCCCGAUGGCACCGCCUGGCCCGGCAACGACCGCUCCGACCAUGUGGGCAUGAUCCAGGUGUUUCUGCAGCCCAACGGAGAGACCAAGGACGUCAAUGGCGACCCACUUCCCUACCUGGUGUAUGUGUCGCGGGAGAAGCGCCCUAACUACGACCACAACAAGAAGGCUGGAGCCAUGAAUGCCAUGAUGAGGGCAUCGGCGCUGCUGACCAACGCGCCCUUCAUCCUCAACCUCGACUGCGACCACUAUGUCAACAACUCCGCCGCCAUCCGCGAGGCUAUCUGCUUCCUAGCAGACCCCCUCAAGGGCGGGCGAGUGUGCUUUGUGCAGUUCCCGCAGCGCUUUGACGGCGUGGAUAAGAAUGACCGCUACGCCAACCACAACACCGUCUUCUACGAUGUGAACAUGAAGGGGCUGGACGGGCAGCAGGGCCCCAUGUAUGUGGGCACUGGAUGUGUCUUUCGCCGCCAGGCGCUCUAUGGCUUCGACCCACCCCCCAAGACCCCGACCAAGCGCCGCACGUGCUGCUCCCUCUGCCCCUCCUGGCUCUCCGGUCGCCCUUCCCCCGUGCGCCUGCCCUCCCGCCUCGCUGCCGGCAGGGCUGCUGGGGGAUCGCCACAGGGGGAGCUGGGGGGAGAUGGGGCAGGCGCGUUCACGUAUGGGGGGAGGGUGAAGCGCCGGUGGUUUGGGCGCAGGGGGGGAAGGCGUGGGGAGGGGGAGCAGGAGGGGUUGUCGAUGGGGGGGAUGGAGGAGGGGCGGGGGGGGCGGAUGGGGGAGCAUGGGGGGGAGGGGAGCGGGGGCGAGAGGGGGUGGGAGGAGGGGGAGGAGGCGGCGCUGCUGCCGACGAGGUGGCAUGUGAAGCGGUUUGGGCUGUGCCAUAACUUCAUCAUGACUGUGUUUGAUGGCGUGGGGGGCGCCAUGGCCACAGAGGAUCCGCAUGAGGUGUUGAGUGACGUCAUCCUGGUGAUCUCGUGUGGGUACGAGGACAACACCGAGUGGGGCACCAGUUGCGGGUGGGUGUACGGGAGUGUAACAGAGGACAUAGUGACAGGCUACAAGAUGCACACACGCGGCUGGCGCUCCGUCUACUGCAUGCCACCACGCCCCGCCUUCAAGGGUUCAGCGCCCAUCAACAUGACGGAUCGGCUGGCGCAGGUGCUGCGGUGGGCAACAGGGUCGGUGGAGAUCUUCUUCUCACAGCACAACCCCGUGUGGGCCGACUGCUGCUCCAACCUCAAACCCAUCCAGCGCAUCGCCUACAUGAACACGGCGCUGUAUCCGUUCACGUCCAUCGCCCUCACAGUCUACUGCUUCCUGCCCGCCAUCAGCCUCUUCUCUGGCCAGUUCAUCGUGCCCAAUAUUGACAACUGGGCGGUGCUCUACUUCCUCGCGCUCUUCCUCUCCAUCUUCGCCACUGCGCUCCUUGAAAUUCGCUGGAGUGGAGUGUCCCUGGAGGAGUGGUGGCGCAACGAGCAGUUCUGGGUUAUUGGAGGCACCUCCGCGCACUUUGCUGCCGUCAUGCAGGGGCUGCUGAAGGUGGUGGCGGGAGUGGAGGUGCAUUUCACGCUCACCUCCAAGGCCUCCCAGGACAUGGAGGAUGAGCUCGCAGAGCUCUACACUGUCAGGUGGACGUGGCUGUUCCUCAUACCGCUCACCAUCAUCAUUGUCAACGCAUUUGCCAUCCUGGCGGGGGUGGCGCACGCCAUCAACAACUGGCAAUCCACCGACUCCUCUAUCAGUGGAUACGGCCACCCCAUCAAGGCGCCCACCUCCAAUGCUGACCAGAUCGGUCAACUUGUCGGCCAAGUGUUCUUCUCUGUCUGGGUUCUUCUGCAUCUGUACCCUUUUACGAAGGGUUUGAUGGGUCGGAGCAGCAGCAUGCCAACGCUUGUCAUUGUCUGGGCGAUGCUUCUGGCGAUUGUGCUGUCGCUGCUCUGGGCUCGUAUCUCAAUGACAAAGCCGCAAGGGCCGCUACAGUACAACGUGCGCGAGACCGUUCAGCUGCUGCAGGAAUCAGCCUCACUCGUCAGCCGCGCCGCGCACCUGCUGCACGCCGAUGCCUCCCCCCUUGCCCCCUCCUUCUGGCUCCGCCCUGCAGCCGUAGCUGCGGACAGCCCCGCCGGGAAGGAUGCGCGCGCGGGGGAGGCGCGCGGGGGGCGCAAGUACUACGUGAAUCUGGUGCAGACGGCGCGCGCUCUGCAGAACGCGGUGGUGCUGCUGCGGCAGAAGCAGCGGCGGCUGGUGAUGGGUCAGAUCAACAACGCCAUGGCCGCGAUCGACGGCGUGAAAGUCGUGCUGGUGCCGCGCGAAGAUCGCCAGGUGUUAGAGCAUCUCAACGUCGCACGGCGAUUCGCAGAGCAUGCGAAGCUGUCGUUCAUGGGGCAAGAACAGCGCGAUUGA